AACAAUGUUGCUAUUCAAAACAUGUAAGGCUAAACCAGUUUGCAGCUAUUCCACAUGUGACCAAUAGGGCUCGACUUCCUGUUUCAGUGGACUCUUGCUUACAUGCUGCUGUCUGUCACGCAGUACUGUGUCUCUGGAGUCACACACAAACACAACUCAACAGACAGGAAAACAGCCUGCACUUUUAAGGUCUGGCAUUACAACAAGAACAAUGGAAGAAUAGGCACUUUGAGUAUCUGUUUUGAAAAGCUAUAGGAAGGGGAUUUCUGAAAGGAACAGUAAAUAAGCUACAUGUUUAUAUGCUUGACAUGUGAAUUGUUUAAGCCAGAGGAUAUCUUCUUCACAGAGUCCCGGUACAUAGUCAGGUGAAGACAGACAUGUCAUCCAGUGUGUCUCUCCCAGAGGAGGAUCUCUCCUGUCCUGUGUGCUGUGACAUCUUCAGGGACCCUGUCCUCCUACCAUGUAGCCACAGCUUUUGUAAGAGCUGCCUACAACGCUACUGGGACACCUCAGCCCUCAGACAGUGCCCUGUCUGCAGGAGAAGAGCCUCCAAGCGCACCCCUCUGUCCAACCUGGCUCUGAAGAACCUCUGUGAAGCUUUGCAACAGGGCAGGAGUCAGAGCUCAGCGGAGGGGAACGGGGUGCUCUGUAGUCUACAUGGAGAGAGACUCAGACUCUUCUGUCUGGUGGACAAGCAGCCUGUCUGUGUAGUGUGCCAAGCCUCGAAAAUACACAAGAACCACGACUGCUCACCCAUAGAGAAGGCAGCACAGGAUUGCAAGGAUGAGCUCAAUGUAGCACUGAAGACCUUACAGGAUACUCUGGACUCCCUCAUUAGACUGAAGGGAACCUCUGAAGAGAUGCUUGAGCCCAUUAAGAAUCAGGCCCUGGAGACAGAGAGGCAGAUAAAGGAUCAGUUUGUGAAACUCCACCUGUUCCUGUAUGAUGAAGAGGCAGCGAGGUUAGCUGCUCUGAAGGAGGAGGAAGAGGAGAAGAUAGGGGUGAUGAAGAGUAUGAUGACAGAGGCUGCAGCAGGCAUGCUAUACCUCACAGAGACUAUUACAGUCAUAACACAGGAGAUGACAGGUGCUGAAGACAUGACAUUGCUCCAGAACUUUAAAGCCACUAUAGAGAGAGCCCAGUGCACAGGGCAGGGUCCAGAGAGGAUUUCAGGGGCGUUGAUUGAUGUGGCCAAGCACCUCCGUAACCUCAAGUACAGAGUCUGGAAGAAAAUGCUCCUGCAUGUUGAAUACAUUCCUGUGACCUUGGACCCAAUCACAGCCCACCCCUGCCUCUUCCUGUCACAUGACCUCACGUCCCUUCAGUACACCAGCCAGCCCCAACGUCUCCCUGACAACCCUGAGCGAUUCCACAUGAGUGCAGAGGUCCUGGGCAUGACCGGGCUCAGCUCAGGAAGCCACUGCUGGGUAGUGGAAACAGGAUGUAAUGACGACUGGAUUCUGGGCGUGGCCUGUAUGUCUGUCACCAGGAAUGUGGAGGUCCAGGCCCGGCCGGAGAACGGGUUUUGGACCAUAUGUCUGCGAGACAGGGAGUACAGAGCGAUGACCUCACCUCCAACAGCCUUGACAGUCACAGGGAAACUCAAGAGGGUCAGAGUGCAACUGGACUGGGACAAGGGCCAAGUGUCUUUCUUUGACCCUGCUGAUGACAACGAUACACCCCUUUACUCUUUCUCACACAAGUUCACAGAGAAAGUGUUUCCGUAUUUUUAUACGCAAAGCAAACACCCUCUGAGAAUCCUACCUGAGAGGGUGUGUGUUACAGUGCAACAUAGUGGGGCAGGACGUCCUUGUAAAGUUCCCGACUGAUCAUUUUUUACAAUAAAUGAAUUUCUGUCAAUCCACAAAUAGGUUAACUUUUAUUUACAGGGUAUUGUAUGUCAACUAUGUAAUUGAUCCUCCAUAAAUACAAGCACAGGUUUACAGAAAGGAGGUUUCCUUUUUCAUCUACUGCAGGUGACCCUUCACACAAGUAUCUGUUCUGGUUAAGAAGAAUUUCAAUAAGGGAACUUUAUGUUUACAAUCUGUAAAAUGAUACAAAUCAUGAAAUGUGAUGUUCAGAACUUUGAUACAAAUUGUAGAUCAGAGACAA